AUGUAAUCUAUUGGGUCUGAAGGACUGAAGGCAGGUGUUACUAAGUCGAACAUCCGCAGCAAUGUUACAAUGUAGAAGAGGCCCAAUAAUUUAGGAGGCGGCAAAACUCAAUUGGGACCACCAAAGACCAACAUGGAUACUCAAUAGUCAGCCUCAGAUAACAUUAUUGUGAAGUAUAAAGAUACAAUAGUCACUCCAAAAGAGCUUGUGACAAAGAAAUUUUUAUAACUUGCAGAGUAAUAAAAUCGAGAAGAGGAGUAGCGAUUGAAAGUAUUGCAGAAGUAGAAUGAAACAAAGGUUAGUUAGAGUGUUGCUGAGAGCAAUGUGAAAUCAUUUUAUUAAAGUGCUGAUAAAUCAUCUAAUUCAGAUGUGAAGAUUUCAUCAUCGAAUAAUCCUGAACGUAGCAGUUUCAUGGAGUCUAAAUAAUCUGAGGGUACAUAUUCUGAUUCAGAUUCAAGGAGAGAUCAAUCUGAGUUAUAGGAGAAGAAGACGAAGUAAAAAAAGGGAUUAAAAGAAGAGGAUUUAGAUGAAAAUAUUCCCAUUAAUUUAUCUGAAACUUGUACAAUGUAAUUGCUAUUUAUCCCAUCUUCUUUUAUCAACAGUGAACAAGGGAAAAAGACUGGUGUGAUUUAAAAAACUCAAGAUUAUGAGAAAUACAUGGUUGAAAAGAUUGGAAGUGAUAAUUAUACUAAAAGACAUGCCUAGACUUUCAAUUAUAAUUAAAAACAUAAGAUAUAAUAAUCAAAUAAGAUAGAGAAAAAUGAAUAUGGUGCAUUUGCUGCUAUUUGGGAUCUUUAUGAUGCCUCAGUUACUGAUUAAUUGAAUGAAUUUGAACUAUUGUAAGAAGAUAUUAAAGGUUCCAUUGAAAAAGAGUAUAAAUAACAUCUCAAGAAUCCAUAUUUCUUAUUGCCAACUGAAUUGGAGGCUAUUAAGAUUCAUACUGAAAGACCUGUAUUGGGAAAGGAUUAUUCUGAAAAGUAAACGAAUAAAACAAAAACAGGCAUUAACAGCAAUAAGUAGAAUUAACCACUUAAUAGUUUAUCUGGAGGUUAUACUAACUAAUAAUUAGAUGAUAAAAUGUAAGAUUCAAGUUCAAGUCAUACAGGCACAAAGAACUUGUAAUCUUAAUAAGUGAAUAUUUAAUAAUAAGUGACACGGAGUCAUGGCAAGACCAGUAAUCCAAUGCCAGAAUAAUAAUAAAAAUAAUAUGAAAUGAAAUAAGAUGAAUAGGAUCUAAAAGAAGAAGAUUAUAUGAAAGAAUUGGUUAAAAGGAACAAUACUUAAAUGUCUGAUUCAGAACAAGUGAUUUUUCAAAGCAAUUUGGUUUAGACAAAUUUGAAAUAUGUUGAGAGAAUUUUAAAUCAGAAUCUAUUUCAUAAACAAUAUAUUCAAUAUAGAAAUUACCCUGAAGUCAAAUUUGAAAAGAUGACUUUAGAUGAGGAUCUAAAAUAGAGAGGAGGAGCUUUCAAAAGGGCAUUUCAAAAUAAAUAAGAGGAUGAAGAAGUAGUUGAAAAGAAAAAAAACGAACCUAUUGUGUAAUUGUUCUAAUAUAAGUGUGCUUUAAGUGAUUAAUGCAAAGUCACACAAGCAGAUUGGAAUUCUGUUAAUAAAGAUUUGUUGGCAGUUUCCUAUUCAAAUAAAUAAACAUCUGAGGGUCACAUUAUGUUUUGGACUCUCAAAAAUCCUACUUAUCCUGAAAGAAUAAUUACAUAUCCUUCAAAGAUUAAUUGCUGCAAAUUUUCAAAUAGUCAACCUAAUCUAAUUGCUGCAGGUACAAUAGAUGGAAUUGUUGCUGUUUGGGAUAUCAGAAGAAAAUCAGAUAAACCAAUUACUGAAAAUAAAGAAUUGCCAGGAAAACAUAGCGAUUCAGUUUGGGAAGUGCAAUGGAUAGGCAAAGGAGCAAAAGGAACUGAUAAGGUGGAAUCAUUAGUUAGUAUAAGCAGUGAUAGUAGAAUUGCCGAAUGGUCGAUGAAAAAAGGAUUAGAGUAUACGAAUUUAAUGAAUCUGAAAAGAGUUGUGUAAUCAUCCUAAAAAGAGAAUUUAUAAGAAGGAGUCAAUUUUAGAUUAUCAGCAGGAUUUUCAUUUGACUUUCUAUAAGGAGAAUCUUCUAUGUAUUUAGCAGCUACUGAAGAUGGUACUAUACAUAGAUGUUCAAAGUCAUAUACUGAACAAUAUUUGGAUAACUAUUUUGGUCAUUCUGGCCCUGUUUACAAGGUUAGAUGUAACCCAUUUUUCAGCGACAUCUUUUUAACAUGUAGUGCUGAUUGGUCAUGUAAAUUAUGGAAUUGGAGAGAAGAAUUACCAAAGGCGAAUUUCUAAUAAUAAAACUUACAAGAUGAAGUUUUAGAUUUUGAAUGGUCACCUCAUACUUCCACUUUAUUCGCUUCAGUUUGUAAAGAUGGAAGAUUAGAAUUAUGGGAUUUAACCAAAAAUAAUAUGUUGGAUCCCUUUGCUACAUUAAUGCCUUAGGAUUAAUAAAUUUGGCCAGCUAAGACUAUGGUCCGAUUUGCUCAAAAUAGUCCAAUUAUAAUCACAGGUGAUGCUCAUGGAGAAGUUAACACUUACAGAUUAUAUGGUUAUGAGGAUAAUGAUCCACUUAUCCAAUAGGAAAGGUUGGAAAAGUUAUUCUAUCCGACUGGAUAUGUAAAAGGAUAAAAAGAGCAAAGAGAUUGA